AUGCUGCUGGUGUUCGGGAUACUGCUGCUGCGGCCACCGCUGUCUGGAUCGCUGCGCGGGGCGCUCUGCCCAGAGCCCUGCAAAUGUGCGCCCCAGGGCGCCCUGCACUGCCCCGGCCCGCGCCUGGGCCUCACCCGACUAUCGCUCACCUAUCUCCCUGUCAAAGUAAUUCCAUCUCAAGCUUUCAGAGGACUUAAUGAGGUCAUAAAAAUUGAAGUCUCUCAGAGCGAUUCCCUGGAAAGGAUCGAAGCUAAUGCCUUUGACAGCCUCCUCAAUUUGUCUGAAAUACUGAUCCAGAACACCAAAAACCUGGUAUACAUUGCUCCUGGUGCAUUUAUAAAUCUCCCUCGGUUAAAAUACCUGAGCAUCUGCAACACAGGCAUCCAAACACUCCCAGAUGUUACGAAGAUCUUCUCCUCUGAAUUUAAUUUCAUUCUGGAAAUUUGCGAUAACUUAUACAUAACCACCAUACCAGGAAAUGCCUUUCAAGGGAUGAAUAAUGAAUCCAUCACACUCAAACUAUAUGGAAAUGGAUUUGAAGAAAUACAAAGCCACGCGUUCAAUGGGACGACGCUAAUUUCACUGGAGCUAAAAGAAAACAGACGCCUGGAGAAGAUGCACAACAGAGCCUUCCAAGGGGCCACAGGGCCCAGUAUCUUGGAUAUUUCUUCCACUAACUUGCAGACCCUGCCAAGCCAUGGGCUGGAGGCCAUUCAGACACUAAUUGCCACGUCCUCUUAUUCUCUCAAAACACUGCCAUCAAGAGAGAAAUUUGCCAAUCUUCUGGAUGCCACAUUGACUUACCCUAGCCACUGCUGCGCUUUUAGGAAUGUGCCGAAGAAAGAACAGAAUUUUUCAUUUUCCAUUUUUGAAAACUUUUCCAAACAAUGUGAAAGCACAGUGAGAAAACCAAAUAAUGAAACCCUUUACUCUGCCAUCUUUGCGGAGAGUGAACUGAGUGGCUGGGACUAUGACUAUCGUUUCUGCUCUCCCAAGAUCCUCCGCUGUGCACCCGAACCAGAUGCCUUCAAUCCCUGUGAAGAUAUCAUGGGCUAUGAUUUCCUCAGGGUCUUGAUCUGGCUGAUUAAUAUCCUCGCCAUCAUGGGAAAUGUGACUGUCCUCUUUGUCCUCCUCACGAGUCGUUAUAAACUGACCGUGCCCCGCUUCCUAAUGUGCAACCUGUCCUUUGCAGACUUUUGUAUGGGGCUCUACCUGCUGCUCAUUGCCUGGGUUGAUUCCCAGACCAAAGGCCAGUACUAUAACCAUGCCAUCGACUGGCAGACGGGAAGUGGGUGCAGUGCCGCGGGCUUUUUCACUGUCUUUGCCAGUGAACUUUCUGUCUACACCCUUACGAUCAUCACCCUGGAGAGAUGGCACACCAUCACCUAUGCUGUUCAGUUGGACCAGAAGCUGCGACUGAGACACGCCAUCCCCAUCAUGCUGGGAGGAUGGCUCUUUUCCACUCUGAUUGCUGGGUUGCCCCUUGUAGGCGUCAGCAGUUACACGAAGGUCAGCAUUUGCCUCCCCAUGGAUGUGGAGACCACGGUCUCCCAAGUCUACAUACUAACCAUCCUCAUACUCAACGUGGUGGCCUUCGUUGUCAUUUGUGCUUGCUACAUCAAAAUUUAUUUUGCAGUUAAAAAUCCAGAGCUGAUGGCCACCCACAAAGACACAAAGAUCGCUAAGAAAAUGGCGGUCCUUAUCUUCACUGACUUUACCUGCAUGGCCCCUAUCUCCUUUUUUGCCAUCUCGGCUGCUUUCAAAGUGCCCCUUAUCACAGUCACCAACUCCAAAGUUCUCCUGGUUCUUUUUUACCCUGUCAAUUCUUGUGCCAAUCCAUUUCUGUAUGCAAUUUUCACAAAGGCGUUCCGAAGAGAUUUCUUUCUGUUGCUGAGCAAAUUUGGUUGCUGUAAACGUCGGGCUGAACUUUAUAGAAGGAAAGAAUGUUCUGCUUAUAUCUCCAACUGCAAGAAUGGCCCCACAGCAUCAAAGAAGACUUCUCCAGCCACCUUAAAAUUGUCCCCAUUACACUGUCAAUAUUGA